AAAUAUACCAGGUAUUCGCAAGAUCUCGUGGAUAUCGCAAAUACGUCACACGUUGAAGGCGAUGGCCCUCAGCAACCUUCUUGUCUUGCUCGCUCGCUCCUCGACCUCGACAUGACUACCAGGUACCUGACUUAGCUGCCGUCACGUUCCUAACAUACCGUACGAUAGUAAAGUCCAGUCACUGCGCUUUACGUCCAUCAUGGGCAAACUAGAGGAUGAUUUGAAAACUGAUCCUCCCUGCCAUCCUCGAGCUUGCGCCAUUCAAGAUUGCUUGCAAAAGAACAAUUACAAGGAAGACAAAUGUCAGUCGGCGGUAGACGCGCUAUAUGAGUGCUGCAAUGCAUUCUACAAGGGCAAAGGCGACGACGCCACCACCACUUCAUGCCCCAAACCGAAGUUGUUGAGGUUGAAGAUUGAACAGCGUGGAGGAAAAUAAUAACCAGCAAGGUGUAUUGCUCGGAUCUGCGACGAGCGCUUUCCGUGUCUGUAUAUGAGGUCCGUCGACGUCUCGAGGGUGCUGUCUGUACAUAUGUAUCAUCAUAUCGAGAAAAGGGGUCUGUUGCAUAUCGAUUUUUUCUACCUGAACCAUCAUCCUUCUGGUGAGGUCUGGCCAGCUGAACAGCGAAUGCAUAUCUACUCUGAGGCGGUCGUGAGCACGCUAAGAGACCGCGUAGGAUCUGAACAAACACUGAUAUUGAAAUAAGUUCGUUCCGAGACUCUAAUGACCACCUGUAAGACAUUGUAGAGAAAAAA